CUUUCCUCAAUAUUUUUUAUUUAUUGUUUUAUUCAGUGCAAAUUUCAAUUUAACUUGAUGCUCUUGCGCGCGAUUCCAGUAUUCCUAGCAUUAAUAGCAGUGCGGGCGGACAGCGGUGAGACGCCUGUGCCGCCGCGUCCACCGGUCGAGCGGCACCCGUCAAACGACGACUGGGGAACGACCUUUGUUGCCAUCAUGAUAAUGUCCAUCAUAGCCUUUGUGGCCCUUGGGGUACUUGUGCACAGGAGCCUCCAGCUUGUACCCACUGGUGUCAUGGCGUUGCGCACAUUAGUAGGAAACCAUCCGGGCAACGGCUACCAUGCGCUGGCGGACGAUGAGAGCGAAGACCAGGUCGGCAGCGGCAGCGGCAGAAGCAUUGCCGACGAAGAGAGUGGUUUGGGCGUCGAGCAAAGCGGCGGUGGACAUGAGGGGGUUGCUUUUGGAGACGAAGGCGUGGGAGAAGAUAUGGACGCUCGUGUGCUGCACAUCAUCCGCGAUGGUCCCGGACAGCAGUCCUGAUCUGUGUGCAACAAUAUGUGCUCUUGCCUUAAUGACCAUUUUCCCUCCCCUCUCUCUCCUUUGCUGUAAAUACAAAACUUCUGUGAUGAAAAAAGAAAAUGUUUA